AUGUCUUCUGAUCACUCAUUCCCGGCCGCCGUUCUGGCCAUCGACAUCGUCCUUGCCUUACCAGUUGUCUACAUCACACUCAAACAUGGCAUCCGGCAUGCCGCCAUCAUCGGAUGGGCAUACCUCUUCGUUUUCCUCACACUACGCAUCGUUUCUAGCGCCAUGCAGCUGAAAGAUUCGACUAACCCAUCGGCGUCGCUCGUCGCCAGCAUUGGGCUCUCACCAUUGCUGCUCUCCGCCGUCGGCAUACUCCACGAAUCCCGCGGAUACAGCAUCGAGAACCGACGUCGAAGUGUUGACACGAUUUGGGUGCUCCUCCUUCAUGUCGUCAUCAGUACCGCAGUGGCGUUGACAGGCGUUGGUGCUUCAGGCAUGAGCAAAGCCGACAUUACUGAGGAUGUCCGGAAUAAGGACAAGAAGCUGGUUAUCGUCGGCAUGGUCCUGCUUUUACUAAGCUGGGUCUGCAUCUCCAUGGUGACUGCUGCCUCAUUCCUCGCGCGACCGCGCACGACCUCAUCUGGUUCCACGGAUCAAAAGCAGGGCAAAUGGCUGCUGUAUGCCGUCGCGCUCGCGAUUCCAUUUCUUGGCAUCCGGAUCAUAACCAGUUUGGUGUACUUCAGCACUCAGAACCAGUCUUUGAGCCCAGUGACCGGAGACAUUGGGUAUAAGGUUGGACUCGGUUUCAUCGAGGAGCUCAUCGUCACCGUCGCAUUUGUCUUUGCCGGUGUGGCUACCAGAAACGUUGGCCGCGAUCGGUCGAACACUAGAGUUAGGUCGGAGGAGAGACGAUGGACAAAAUGA